CGGGGUCUAAGGCGGGCGGGCGUUCAGCGACUGCAGUUCUUGCUCUGCCCCCGUGCAGCCCGGGCUGCGGCCCCCUCAGCUGUGCCUCCGCGGUGCUCGGAGAACUCAGGACACAAGGCGGGGUGGGGAGGCCAGGCCCUCUCUGGAGUCCGGGCCAGAGCUGAGCUGGAGAAUCAGCAGAAGCAGCGUAGGGCUGACGCGGAACCCGCAGGGGAGUCUCCGUAGACUCGUAUUCGGGACGGCGUCUCCAACACGUUCAGGGUAUUAAAGAAAUGGCCAGCUUCCGAGGGAGCCCCGAGCCCGACCCCCAGCUGCAGCUGGAGCGCACGCAGUGCUGGGCGCCCGCUAGGGAGCUGAGCCGCCUCCCUCCUGAGGACGAGGAGAUCAUGCGGGAGUUCUGGAAAAACCUGGAGAAGCCAGUUUGGAACAGCAGUGUGGAACCUCCGGAACAGUCUGCGCGCCUCGCGAGCGGCUGGAGAACAGGCAGUGUUUACGUUUGUUGUGUGAACAGCGCGCUGCAGGAGUGGCGUGAGUGACAGGUCGCAGGUGUGGAGCGACGAGGAGCAGGCGGCGAGCCCGAGCGGGACGCCCAGGCAGCCAGCUCCGACCGCAGCCUGCCGAGCUCAGGUUCCGGGCCAGAGGAAGCACGAAUUCGCUCUUAGCCAAGUCCAAGGUCCGGCUCUUUUAGGUGACGGGGCUAGGGCGGGCCCAGUUCGACGCUGUCCGUCAACGGACCAAUCACCACGCCGACGGGGGCGGAGAUUUUAAUACGCGUCCACCCCCUCCUUUUGGAAAAUACGUCUGUUUGGGCGCUGUUCAAACGGACCAAUGACAGCUCGGCGUCCUUCCGGCUGGCCCUCUCCGAUUGGCCGGAGUUCGUCGUGCCCCUCUCCUUGUCACGCCUUUUGCCCCACCCCUUCGGACACAAGAUGGCGGCGCCCAGCGGAGUAGAGGCUGCGUUUGGGGUUUGCUGAGACUGACUCCCUCUCCCCCUUUCCCUUUGGGCGCAAAGCGCCGCGAACGGGAGGACAGGGGCCGGGCGGGGACAGGGGCAUCUGCGUAGCUGGACCUGCGCCCAGCCUGCGCCGCCCCCACCCGGCCCCGGCCCCGGCCUGGCCCGAUCCCAUCCCAUCCGUUCCCGGUCUCCUCCGCUGACCCACUGCCCGGCCGUGGUACGCCACACUAGGCCUGCAAGGCUGGGGUGUCUCCUCCAGCCCGCCUCGCCUUCCCUUUAGAGAUGCUUGGUCUCUUCCCUCCCAGCCAGCCCGCCUUCGUAACCGGGCGUCUUGGACCGGCCCCUGGCCCCUCUUCCCUCUACUGAGACUGCACUUAGCGCAGCCCACAUCUCCGUCAGAUUCUGGGUACCCCCUGGGUCAGAGGCCGCUCACCUUCCUUCCAGAUCCCUGAGCCUCCAACAAUAUUGACAGCCUUGACAGCGCCGUCCACCGAGGAGACAGACUAACUUCCGGAGCCCCAUCAUGGAGGCCGUGUACCUGGUGGUGAAUGGGGUGGGGCUGGUACUGGACGUGCUGACCUUGGUGUUGGACCUCAACUUCCUGCUGGUGUCCUCCCUCCUGGCUACCCUGGCCUGGCUCCUGGCCUUCAUCUACAACCUGCCGCACACGGUACUGACCAGCCUUCUGCACUUGGGCCGUGGAGUCCUGCUUUCGCUGCUGGCUGUGGUCGAAGCCUUGGUCCGGCUCACCGUUGGGGGCUUGCAGGCGUUGUGUACUCUGCUCUACAGCUGCUGUUCUGGCCUGGAGAGCCUGAAGCUCUUGGGACACCUGGCCUCACACGGGGCACUGCGGAGCCGGGAGUUACUGCACCGGGGCGUGCUCAGCGUGCUCUCCAAUGGCCAUGCACUGCUGCGCCAGGCCUGUGACAUCUGUGCCAUUGCCAUGAGCCUGGUGGCCUAUGUGAUCAACAGUCUGGUCAACAUUUGCCUCAUUGGCACUCAGAAUCUCUUCUCCCUGGUGCUGGCCCUGUGGGACGCAGUGAUGGGCCCUCUGUGGAGGGUGACAGACGUGGUGGCCGCCUUCCUAGCCCACAUUUCCAGCAGUGCCGUGGCCAUGGCCAUCCUCCUGUGGACCCCCUGUCAACUAGCGCUGGAGCUGCUGGCCUCAUCUGCCCGCCUCCUGGCCAGCUUCGUGCUUGUCAAUCUCACUGGUCUGGCGGUGCUGGCCUGCGUGCUGGCAGUGACAGUAACCGUGUUGCACCCAGACCUCACCCUCAGGCUGGCCACCCGGGCUCUCAGCCAGCUCCAGGCCCGCCCAUCCUACCACCGGCUCCGGGAGGACGUCGUGCGGGUGUCUCGCCUGGCGCUGGGCUUGGAAGCCUGGCGCCGAGUCUGGAGUCGCAGCCUGCAGCUGGCGAGCUGGCCAAACCGGGCAGGGGCCCCUGGAGCCCCCCAGGGGGCCCCUCGAAGGGUGUCAGCCCGGCCCCGGGCACAGGAUCCUCCCCCUGAAGCAGGGCUCAGAUUGGAGGCCGAAGAGGAAGCCAGGAGCCUCCGAGCGGCACCUGCCUGGGGCCGGGAGAGGCUCAACGAGGAGGAGCCUGCAGCUGGCCAAGACCCCUGGAAGCUGCUGAAGGAGCAAGAGGAGCGGAAGAAGUGCGUCAUCUGCCAGGACCAGAGCAAGACGGUGCUGCUCCUGCCCUGCCGGCACCUGUGCCUGUGCCAGGCCUGCACCGAGAUACUGAUGCGCCACCCUGUCUAUCACCGCAACUGCCCGCUGUGCCGCCGGGGCAUCCUGCAGACCCUCAAUGUCUACCUCUGAAGACCCCCGCCCUGCCUGCCCACCCCUCCGUGCUCCACGCAGGUGCCUGCGCUGGGCCAGCAUUCGCACCCCUUCUCCAGAUCCUGGCCUGAAUCCCCACCAAGCCAUACACCUCGGACAUGGAGAUGGGACACUCUGGGUGGGGGUGGGUGCCCUGGAUGCCGAGGGUGGUGAGUGUGUCACUAUGCAAGGGCCCUGGGGCUGCUGAGCCCACAGCCCGUUCAGGGCCCAGCCUCUGGGGCUGCCCCUCUCCGCUUCUGGUGUUCCUGUUGGGGUUGUGUAGAUCCUUUCCCUGUUUCCUCCCCACUCUGCCCCCAGCUUCUGCGGCCACAGCACAUCAGUGUCGUUUGGGUGUUUUGGCAACUCAGGGGUCUUGGAAUGGUCCUGAACCUGUGUGCAGCCAGAACCCCUGUGCCCGGGUAAGGCUUGCGGGGAGCACCUCUCAGGUGCCCCUAGGGCCACUUCUGCCUGCCGUGAUCUUGCGAGGCACCUUCCCAACCCAAUCUGAAAGCUGGGAUCAGUUAACCCUGGGAGGUGGGUGCCUGUGUGUGCACCUGCACCUGGCUUUGGGACCACACUGGCUUCACAGGGAGCCUCGGGAGGGCUGACCCGGUUUCUCCUCGUUCCUGUCUCCCCAUGUCACGUCGAAGGAUGGCGUUUCUCUUCUGUCUGAUCCUCCCCGGUGCUGGGGAAGGCAGACUACACAUUUCACUAGGGUCCAAACACAGAGACGGCUGUCUUCAGAAGCAGCUCCCCGAGGGGUCCAGCCGGCCCAGUUUCCAAUAAAUAAAAUUCUGUUGACAGUU